UGACAUCGCCACCGUUUAUUGGCCCGCGAGUCUUGCCGUUUUUACGGGAGCUCUGAACUGGACCUGGAGGUUUCUCCUGUACAUCCCACUCCCGGCCGGACGGCGCGCCAGCCUAGUCAUGAACGCCUCUCCCAGCUCCUGGCUGCCGAGCGGAGAGCUGUUCACGGACAGCCCGGAGAACUCCAGCGAGUGGCCGUGGACGGACGGACCGACUGACACGGCAUGGCACCAUCAUCAGACGGUAGACCCUGUAACAUAUGGGGGCUACCUCGCAAGUGCAGUCUACCUUACAAUAACAGGGCUGAUAGCCUUCGUUGGAAACAUUUUCGCCAUCAUAGUGUUCUUGACGGAAAAGGAGUUCCGCAAAAAAGAGCACAACAGUUUUGCUCUGAAUCUGGCCAUUGCUGACUUGAGCGUCUGCGUCUUCGCAUAUCCUUCGUCUACUAUAUCAGGGUACGCAGGAGAAUGGAUGCUGGGAGACGUUGGCUGUACCAUCUAUGGCUUCCUCUGCUUCACCUUUUCCCUGACCAGCAUGGUCACCCUGUGCGCUAUCAGCGUCUACCGCUACAUCGUCAUCUGUAAACCGCAGUAUGCCCAUCUGCUGACCCACCGCAGGACCAACUAUGUGAUCCUGGGGAUCUGGCUGUACGCCCUGGUGUUCUCUGUCCCUCCGCUGUUUGGAGUCAACCGCUACACCUACGAACCAAUCAAAGUCACCUGCUCCUUGGACUGGAACGUGCAGCAUGUCGGAGAGACAAUCUACACUGCGGCGGUCAUCAUCAUAGUCUACGUCCUGAACGUCUCGAUCAUGUGCUUCUGCUACUUCAACAUCAUCUUCAAAUCGGCUAACCUCAAGUUUGCGGCUCUGGCCAGUGAGAAAACUAGGACGGCUGCAAAAAAAGACAUCUGGAAGACCUCAAUGAUGUGCCUGGCUAUGGUGGUCUCCUUCCUCAUCGCCUGGACCCCGUACGCCGUGUCCUCUACCUGGGACAUCCUGACUGAGGAAGAUCUACCGAUCAUCGCCACCAUCCUGCCCACCAUGUUCGCCAAGUCGUCCUGCAUGAUGAACCCCAUCAUCUACUCCUGCUGUAACGGCAAAUUCCGACAGGCGGCGCUCAAGACCUUCAGCAAGGUCGGCAGUUCCAACAAGCAGAACGGUCAAGCACAAGUGGAACCGAGGGACCCGGGUUUCGCUGUUGAACCCGCAGGUCAUCAGGCCUUCCAGAUGAGGGUUCUUCCUUCUAGUAGCGCUAUGACUUUGUAGGCUGUUCAAAGUCUUUAGCCACUAUAUACUUACACAUACACACAUUCAUGCGGCACCGUAUGGCGUAAUGAUGAGAGUGUUAAGCCCAUCAAGAGGGUAACAAUGCCCGAUGUUGCGCCCUUGAUUUAGGCGUUUUCCAUAAAUUCUUUCACUUUACUAGAAAUGUGAAAAUGAGUACCUUUGCUCGACCAGGGACCCUCCGACAGGACGCUAAACUGAGGUCCCGUGGUUGAGUAGGAGCUACAACGCAACCGCGUUAAAGAACCCACACCACUAGCUCAUCGAAUAGAUCUAGAGUAGGGAAUGUACACGUACACACACACGCGCGCGCGCACACACGCGCACGCACACACACGCACGCACACACGAACUCUUUCACACACAAACACACACACACACACACACACACACACACACAUAUUCACGUUUACUUCUAGCGUUAUGUAUGCACCAUUUUGCACUUUACAUCAACAUUGGAUGUCAAUGAACUGCGUAUUGAAAAUUUGUUGUUUUUUAAAUGUUAUCUAUAAUAGCAUAGACCAGUAGUAACUUAUAAAAAUAGAUUUCGUCUUGAUGUGUUGAAGCUUGAUACUGUAUGGCUAACUUGUGUACUGCCCUUUUUCCAAUCCGUCAAUUAAUAUUCCACUUAACCAGAGUGUUUCCACCAACGUCUGUAACUUUCCAAUGAAGUUGAUUAUGAGCAAUGUGAUUUGUACGUCUAGUUUUGACCUAUUUCAUGGCCUUGUAUUUGAUCCUUUCCCAGUUCAUUGUCUCUAGAUUACGGCAUCAAAACGCCAAUUAUGUAAAGUGAAUGUGAAAAGGCUGUUCAAAGUGUACUUCUUGUUUGAUGACCUCCUGUUUGUAACUUCCUGGUUGGAAAUGAAAUUUUAGACAUCCUGAA